AUAAUAAUUCAUUCUCAGCUACGCGUCGAAGCUAAAAACAUCUGUGCAAAUAAAUUAAAUUCAGCGCUAUGCAAAAUGUUUGACUGCUUCGGUCGAAAUAUUAGUCCACCGAUAAGACACAAGAGAGUCACUUCAAACCUGCAAGUUAAACAGGCUAAUCAAACCGAUUUUUUUCUUACAAAUUGUAUCAAUCAAAAAUCGAAGUAUACAAUGGAGGUUUUAAUAACAAACGAACACAUAAAACUUGCUUAUAAUAAGAAAAAUAUUACUGUUGAAAAUAUAAUCUUCUCAAAUGGAUUCGAGUAUGUAGUUUCAAAUUUUGUUGAUGAUGAAUUUGAUCCUUAUUUAGGAAUUUGGUAUUAUAACAAUAUCAUCGCUGUUCCGGAAUUUUAUACAUUUAAAUACCCUUAUGACCUAGAUGAAUAUGUACAAUUCCAAAAAAAUAUGCAAGACAAAAUAACAACUCUAUUAGAAAUUCCUGUUCCAGCAAUUACAGAACAAAGAUUUAGUGAUCCAGAUACUUGGUUGAGACGACUUGGAGAAGAGAGAAGACGUUACACUGCUGAAGUUUUAAAAAGUAUUAUGAACCCGUACCUAGAUUCAAAACAUUUGACAGAACUUAUUUUAGAGAGAGAAAUUCAUCCCACAAAUGCUUUGAACAAUAGAAUCGCCCGUUUAGAAUAUAAAGUCCCUAUAUUACGGAUGUGUCGUUUAAUAGCAUUGGUCUUGGCUGUAAAUAUACCACCAGAUUUCAUGAGAACACUUCAUAGAAAUGACGAGGAUAGACUUUGUAUCCUAAGUAAUUACAAAUCACCAGACAAAUUUGCAUUCAGACAAAUGGAUGGCAUAUGGUGGCAAGUAGAAUUCAAAAAACUUGAUAAUAAAAUCCUAAAACUUAAGGAACACGUGUCGUUAAUGAAAUCAAUGGUAUAACUCGUCUUAAGUUAUAUACUACUAUUGUCAUUAUAUUUAAAUACUAUUUACAUUUUUCACUUAUAUCCAAAUUGUCAAUUGAUUCAAUGUAUUUUAUAAGAACCCUUGAUUAUAAUUACAUUUGUUUGCUUUUUUUUAAUACUAUUUACCAAU